AUGGCUGCCGUCGCCGCAUCGCUCGCGCCCCUCGCGUCCUGCGCCGUUCCGUCGCGGUGCAGCCUGAGGCAGGGCAGCUCGGCGCGCUCUGCUGAAGCAAAGGCACUGGUCCACGUGUCGCACAUCAACAGGCUCAGGGUGUCGCACGCGAUCAGUCGGUCGCAGAGCCAGUCUCGUCGCACAUCGCUCACUGUCAGAGCCGCAGGUGAAUCUGCAGACACGCCAGCCACUGAUUCCGCUGCCGCAGCUGCAGCUUCGGCAGGGAGCAAGCCCACACCUGAGGCCGCCACGUCAGAGUCAUCAUCAGCCUCGGGAGUGCCGGUCCUGACCAUAGUGGCCGGCGUUUUUGUAUUUGCCCUCGUGAUCUUCGCGCUUUUCUCGCUCGCCAGUGCUAUUCUGGGCAUUUUCUUGCGCUGA